AUGGAAUCUGUUUUGUCCAGCCUCAGGAACACUGAGAAACACCUGAGUAGAGACCCUGAGAGGGCUAAGGUGUACGAAGCUGAAAUACAGAAGCUCCUUGAUUCAGGGUAUGUUGUCAGGGUACCAUCAGAAGGCCAGCUGGUAGACGAGGAGUCGUGGUUCAUACCACACCACCUCGUGCAGCAUAAUGGCAAAUACAGGUUGGUCUUCAAUUGUUCCUUUGCCUACCAAGGUAUGUCUCUUAACCAGCAGUUGCUUCCAGGUCCUACCCUCGGUGCCUCACUGCUAGGAGUACUUCUGCGGUUCCGGCAGUACGCAGUCGCCAUCAGUGGGGAUAUACGUGGUAUGUUCCACCAAGUGAGACUCCUACCGGAGGAUAGACCCCUUCUGAGGUUCAUUUGGAGGAACAUGCGCAGAAAGGACCCGCCAGACAUCUAUGAAUGGCAAGUCUUGCCUUUCGGGACGACCUGCAGCCCCUGCUGCGCCACCUUCGCGCUGCAGAUGCACGUUCGCUGCCAGCAGUUCGGCAAUGAGGAAGUAUUGCAGUCCAUAGAGCGGAGCUUCUACGUGGACAACUGCCUACAGAGCCUUCCCACUGAUGAGGAAGCCAAGCGACUAAUUGACAAGAUGAGGCCUCUCUUAGCCUCCGGGGGCUUUGAAAUCAGACAGUGGGCCACUAAUAUCCCUUCUGUUGUCCAGCACCUCCCAUCUAAGGCUCGUUCAGAGAGCAUCGAAUUGUGGUUACGGCAAAAUCAUUCAGACCCAUUGGAGCCGGCUCUUGGCUUAAUGUGGCACUGCCUAGAAGACAGCCUGGGUUACAGGCAUCGUACACUAGCAGAGGAUCAUCCGACCAUGAGGUAUAUUUAUAAGGUCUUGGCAACGCAAUAUGACCCUCUAGGAUUCUCCAUUCCUUUCACCACCCGUGCCAAGGUUCUCGUUCAGAGACUCUGGAACAAACCGAGAGAUUGGGAUGAUCCGAAUCUUCCUGCAGACCUGCUGGAGAAGUGGACCGUAUGGCAGAAGGAGCUGCCUGAUCUCUAUAAGCUCACGCUUCCAAGGUGCUAUCUUCCUGCUGACUUUGAUGUGGAGAAAUCAAAAUUAAGCCUUCAUGUGUUUGGCGAUGCAUCCGAGGUUGCCUAUGGGUCGGUGGCUUAUCUCCGUGCAGAGCAACACAGUAAGAUCCACACUACCUUUGUCAUGGCUCGCUCUAGGGUAGCCCCCAAGCGUCAACUGUCGAUGCCACGUCUCGAGCUGUGUGCAGCAUUGACUAGCGCUCAGCUUGCACAGUUUCUCAAACAGGAGCUAACCAUUGCCAUAGAGACAGUGACAUUAUGGACUGACUCGACUACAGUACUGACCUGGAUCCAGUCUGAGUCCUGUAGAUACAAAGUGUUCGUCGGGACAAGAGUGGCAGAAAUACAAGAGUUGACUGAGCUCCACUCUUGGCGAUACGUUGACUCCUCAAAUAACCCGGCGGACGAUAUUACCAGAGGGAGAACGCUCAAGGAGCUGGCUAACUCUGACAUGUGGAGUCGAGGCCCAGGAUUCCUCCGUGAACCGCCAGAUCAUUGGCCAGUCAAGCCCCUUGCAGAGGCCCGAGAGGAUACCUCAGAAACAAGGAAAGCUGUUUUCUGUGGAUUAGUCACAGACGAUCGAAAUCCAGACAUGCCUGAUGCAUCUCAGUAUACUUCUUGGAGUGCCUUAGUCGACGCGACCUACCGGUCCCUCCAUGGGGCGGCCGCCCAAGAUACUAGUAAAGCAUCCUUAGAAUACAGGCGUGCAGAAGCUCUUAUCUUGAGUCAAUGUCAGGAGGAGUCUUUCCCAGAGGAAUUCAAGGCUUUAAAAUCAGGGAACCAGGUGCCCACAGCCAGCCGUCUGAACACGCUUGCACCCGAGUUCGACCCUGAGUUCUGCCUAAUUCGUGUGGGAGGUAGGCUACGGCGAUUGGAUGGCUUCAGCAAAACCGAGAUACACCCAGUGGUUCUAGAUCCCCAUCAUCAGGUGACAAAACUCAUCGUUAAGCACUUUGAUAAGCGUCUACUCCAUCCAGGACCUGAUAGGGUCUUCGCAGAGCUCCGUCGCCAUUUCUGGAUCCUAAGGGGCAGGCAAGCCAUCAAACGACACCAGAGAGAGUGCAUAGAUUGUCAGAAGUGGAGAGCUAAGCCGACUCUACCUAUUAUGUCUGACUUACCCUCAGCUCGCCUAAGAUUGUACCAACCCCCCUUCUUCUCUACUGGAGUCAACUGCUUCGGGCCAUUCAUGGUUAAGAUUGGCCGUAGGACGGAGAAGCGAUGGGGCGUCAUCUUCAAGUGCCUGACAACCAGAUGCAUUCACCUUGACCUGCUCAGCAGCAUCGACACUGAUGCAUUCUUACUGGCAUUAAGGCGCUUCAUAGCACGCAGAGGAACCCCAUCUGAGAUCAUAUCAGAUCAGGGUACUAACUUCCGGGGAGCCGAGACCGAACUGAGAGAAGCUUUCAAGGAGAUGGAGCCCAGACUGCAGGAGCAGCUGGCUAGCUAUCAGAUCACUUUUAGGAUGAAUCCUCCCGCCGCACCCCACUUCGGAGGCGCAUGGGAAAGGGAGAUCCGAUCUGUAAAGUCUGCACUGCGAGUAGUCAUCGGGAGUCAGUCUGUGCCUGAAGAUGUCCUGCAGACUGUACUGAUCGAAGUAGAGGGUAUCCUGAACAGCAAGCCCUUGGGAUACGUUUCAUCCGACGUGGCAGACUUGGAUCCAAUUACCCCAAAUAUGCUUCUCAUGGGGCGGCGAGACGCCUCGCUUCCCCAGGUGGUCUACACCCCUGAGCCCUUGUCCAAGCGUCGCUGGCGUCAUUCCCAGACUAUCAUCGAUCAUUUCUGGUCUUACUUUACACAACACUACCUACCGGGUCUCCAGACUCGCCAGAAAUGGCAGCGGGUAACUCAAGAUCUAACUGAGAACACGGUGGUCAUGAUAAUCGACCCGCAGCUUCCCAGAGCCCAAUGGCCAAUUGGUCGGGUUGUCAAACUGAUACCCAGUGCUGAUGGACACGUCAGGUCAGCUCAAGUACAGGUCAAUGAUCGCCUAUACCUACGACCUGUGGCCAAACUUGUCAGACUUCCGGCACUUCCGGACGGAGGUGAAGCGGACUCCAACGACUAGGGAAUUUAUCAUUAGACAUAUUAGCUAUGCUAAUCUGGGGGCGGCUGUUCUAAAUUCCCUAUGUGUGUUUAUAGUGGAAGGACUAUUAUUAUGAAUGUGUGCCGCUAGUUUAUGUGAGUUCCGCUAUUCCGGUUUCACUUUCAUUUUCAAUAGCCGAUUGCUGCGCCAUUUUCAUCAGGUGUUAAUGUGCGUGAUUGAAUAAAGACCACAUUUAACACUUUGUGGCCAUAACUUGUACAAUAUCCAGUCUAAUUAGAGUAAUGUUGUGCCAUCUGCUGUGAACCCUAAAACACUUCAGAUAAAGAGUGGAACAGUGCCCUGUCUCCUGUCACACUUCUUACCGGAGUCCCGUGGUGGAUUAGCAUCAACACCCCUACCGAUCUAUUAGUC